CGUUACGAUACAAUAAUGUAGCACGUCAUGCAGUCUGUCACGCACGUGCUACGAUGCGACAAAACCGCCGUCCUCAAAAGAAAACAUAAACACAAAAGUGCAAGACAGCAUCAUGAUUUUGUGUUGUUUUUGAAAAAAAAGUGCAGUGAUAUUCAGAAACCAAAAUGAAUAUUUUACCUAAAAAGAGCUGGCACGUCCGCAACAAGGACAACAUUGCCCGGGUUCGGCGCGAUGAAGCCAAAGCAGCCGAAGAGGAAAAGGAACGCCAGCGAAGGAUUGCCCUGGCCGAUCAGGAAGCCAAAAUCGAUUUCCUGCGACAAAAAGCGCGAGCCAAAGGACAAGCAACGGAUUGUUUGAAAGAAGUUGGAACAAGUGCCAGCGAAAUCGAUAAACGUUUGCAACGCAAGGAGCAUGUUAACUUUUUUGAAAACCUGGAAAGCGGAAAGGACGAUGGAGUCAAAAGGAAGAACGUGGAACACGAGAAGGAAAAGAAGCAGGAACAGGAAAAGUAUGAAAAGCAGAUUGGAUAUUUGACCUAUCUGGGACAGGAUACGAACGAGGCGCUGGGGAAGAGAGACUGGUACGAUGUUGCUCCGAAAAGAGAUGACGACCUGGAUAAGGACGGCAAACGGAUAGAAGUCGGCUUGAAGACAAAGGACUACAAUGAUCCACUGAAUGUCAUGCGUCGAUAUUUGCCGGAAAUGCGUACCAAAUCGGUUCCCAAGGCAGAAGAAAAGGAUAAGGAUGAAGCAGAAAUAAAGCCAUCAUCAAGCAAGUUCGCCUAUCAAUCUUUGACAGGUAAAACUAAAAAAAGUUCCAAGCGGAAAAGAUCCAGCAGUUCUUCAAGUAGCUCAAGCGCAGAGCCAAAACGAAAGAAAAAGCGGAAGCAUCAUCACAAGAAACACAAAAAGAAAGACAAAAAGAAGCACAAGAAACGAAACAAGUCUAUCAGCUCGGAUUCCGAAGAUGAGGAAACACGACAAGCCAGAAAGCAGAAGCUUGAAACUCUCCGGAAGGAACGUUUGCUCCGCGAACAGGAGGAAAAAGUUCGAACGGAAAAAUUGCUUGCCAAAUUGCGAGGAGUACCGGAUGCUGAAGCGCCCAAACAACCGCCACCGCCAACAGGACCAGUCGUCAAGCAGAAAUAUAAUUCCCAGUUCAAUCCGGAGUUGGCAAAGCAGAAUUUUGAAUGAAUUGGUUAUUAAAAACUGUUCUAAUCAUGA